AUCUGACAAGGAGCACAGUUUUAACAAUGGCAAAACAAUAAGAGACUUGAGAAAGUGUUGUUACACCAAAAAGAAAACCAGUCGGGUUGCAAAACUUCAGCCUGGAGAAAUCUGCCUGAGCUAAUAAUUGUGUAAAUGCAUUCAGAGAUACAGAGUGUGAGACGGAGGGGUCUGCAGUCAGCUGGGAUUUAGUUCUGAGAGCUGGUUUGAAAAUCUUUUACUGUUUUAGUAUUGGAAGACAGAAUCUGCUGCUGUAUUGUAUUACUGGUGCUGGAGUUUCAAGUCUUGCGAUUCCCCUGCUUCAGUAAACACGUUUCUUCAUGUGACUCUCCUGUGUGCAGCUCAAUGAAACAUACAGGUAGUGGACAAAAAUGGAAACCCCAAUGUAAAGUCACUUAAUAGGGCGUUGGGCCACUAUUGUAUCCUGCUCUGUGGAGUUCUCGGCGGACCGUUUUUGAUGAAACUGGCUGCUUGUGCCCCAGGUCGAAAUUUGCAGUCAAUUGAUCUACAGUUGCUCGCCUGUUUUGCCUUGCACUUUGAAUUAAUGCACGGAUAUCACGAUCCUGGAGUAUGCGCUUCCGACCACUGUUGCCCUUUGCUGCUGAUGUUUUUCCCCCGGAGUUCCAUGCCGACAUCACCUUAGACACCGUUGCUCGUGAAACAUCUGCAAGUUGAGCUGUCUUGGUCACUGAAGCUCCUGUCAAACGCGCCCCAACAAUCACCCCUCUUUCAAAGUCACUGAGGUCUCCUCUUGCAGCCAUGCUAGCCAUAAUUAUAGGCAACCAGGCCUGUCCAGCAUUUUUAUACAUGACCCUAAGCAUGCUGGGAUGUUAUUUGCUUAAUUAAAGCAUUAGCCUCACCUGCGUGGAAUCCCUUGCUUUCAAUAUACUUGGUGUCCCUCAUUUACCCAGGUGUUUCCAUUUUUUUUAUCUGCUACCUGUAGCUACAGUGUAGCACAUUUUACAAUGCUCUCAAUCUCCUGACUGGACAUGAUGUGAACCUGCAGUUCAUUUCUCAGGGGAAGGUUAUCAGUCAAGGAUCAAUGAAAGACUCAGCUAGUGCAUUGGCUAUUUUUCACAUAAUGUUUACAGAGCUGGGUUUCCAUCCAGCUUCUAAGCUGGUAAAAAUCUUUUUCAAUGACAAAAACGCUGACUAGAUUUGUGUGCACCAAUUUUCUUGAAUUCAGAGUUAAAGACUGGAGGAAACACUUUGACAUCAGUAUAGUUCAUUACUGCCAGCAUACUCAGCAAGUUUAGUUUCAUUCAAGCGUCAUGAUGGACCAAAUACCUGAACACAAAAGCUAGGGGUCACAUUUCAAGAUCUUUACAGCAGAGUGCAAACCUUUUGGGAUUACAAAGAAACUUCUUCUCAUAUCCCCACUCACUUCCCACCCUCCCCCACUUGAUCGCCUUCGCCGGAGAUGAUAAAGGUGAGGAGUGUAUAAUCUGCACAGCAAUGGUACAGGGUGUCCACAUUCAUGUACAGCACUCGCUGGAGGAUAGCUUUACUUCCUAGAUUCCCAGUUUCUGUCACAACUGAUUAACAGGUUUCAAUCUCAUUUUAAAAGCAUAGUGAAAGCAUGGUAAAGCAUAUUUAAAAAACAUAGCAAAUCAUAACAAAUGCAUAGUAUAAACAUGGGGAAACUGCAAAAUGACUGUACAAAGUUACCCUGGUUACACUGAAGCUGUAUCAGUCUUGCUGAAAUGCCAAGUAGCGUUUGGAAACAUUAAUCAAUAACCUUUACCUUGGAACUUGAUGAAGUCCUUCUGAAGCCACGCCCACUGUGUGUGCUGCUCUAUUUAAACACUGCCCAAACCCAGGAGCGUUAUUCUGAACGCUGAGCUAAUUAACAGAGAGCACAGGUGUCCGUGUUCCUGACAAACAUGUCUGUGAUUAGCCUGCUCCUAGCACACACCGCCACAGUGUCUCUGGCUUUAGUUUUAACUGCUUUUAUAUUUUUAUACUUUUACUCGAAAUCCUCCAAGUCGUCUAAUUACAACUUCCCCCCCGGCCCGCCGGCUCUACCUGUUAUUGGGAACCUGAACAUUUUGGACCUGCACCGGCCGUACAAAACGCUGAGUAAGCUCUCGGAGACGUACGGCAAUGUGUUCACCUUCCACAUGGGUCCCAAGAAGUACAUGGUUUUGACAGGCUAUGAGGCGGUCAAGGAGGCUCUAGUAACCCAAGCAGACGACUUCUCAGAGAGAGGCCAGACGCACACUACAGCUCAUUUCUCUAAAGGCGGGAAUGGUAUUUCCUUCGGUAAGGGGGAAUCCUGGAAGGUGAUGCGUCGAUUCACCCUCUCCACUCUGCGGGACUUUGGGAUGGGGAAGAGGACCAUUGAGGACCGGAUCAUCGAGGAGUCCCAGAGACUGGUGGAGGUCUUCCAGUCCCACAAAGGAAAACCCUUUGACCCCCAAAUCAUCAUCAACUCUGCUGUCUCCAACAUCAUCUGCUCCAUCGUGUUCGGAGACCGCUUCGACUACGGCGACGCACAGUUCCUGAAUCUGCAAAGAAUUGUGAACGAGAACAUCAGGCUGAUUGUGAGCCCCAAGACAGAGCUGUAUAACAUGUUUCCUUUCCUGGGCUUCUUCCUGUCCGAUCACAAGAAGGUCCAAACAAACGGAACAAUGCUGCAGGAGUACUUUAGAAACACAUAUAAGGAUUGUAAAGACAGUGUGGACAGCAAUGACCUGAGGAGCUUCAUCGACACGUUCAUCUCCAGGCAGAGAGAAGAGGAGGCCAGAAACUCCAACAAGUAUUUCCACGAGGAUAACAUGGCCACCACCGUGGGGAACCUGUUUGCUGCAGGGACUGAGACCACCUCUACCACCCUGCGCUGGGGGCUGCUGCUCAUGAUGAAGUACCCCCACAUUCAGGACAAAGUCCAGGAGGAGAUUGAGAGUGUGAUUGGGAGGGAGCGCCCCCCGCAGGCCGAGGACAGGAAGAGCAUGCCCUACAUGGACGCCAUGCUACACGAGAUCCAGAGAGUGGGCAACGUGUUGCCCAUGAACCUGCUGCAUGAGACCACAGGGGACACCACCUUCCGGGGGUACAGGAUACCCAAGGGUACCCCGGUGAUCCCGCUGCUCUCCUCCGUGCUCUCUGAUAAGACACAGUGGGAGACCCCUCACCAGUUCAACCCCAACCACUUCCUGGACGCGCAGGGCAAGUUUGUCAAGAGAGAUGCCUUCAUGCCCUUCUCAGCAGGUCGGAGGGUGUGUCUUGGAGAGACCCUUGCCAAGAUGGAGCUCUUCCUCUUCUUCACCAUGCUCCUGCAGAAGUUUCACUUCCGCCCGCCCCAGGAGGUCAGCCCUGAGCAACUGGACCUCACCCCCACCCCUGGCCUCACCUCCGGCCCCCAGCCCUUCCAACUAUGCGCCCUGAGCCACUGAGAGACCCUGUGAUACUGCGACCCUGCCUUACUGCACCUGCUAGACCUUACUACAGCAACUGACCCCUCACACUGGACCCUUCAGCCACUGAACUGCCAGGAUUCUGUCACCACUGAGACCCUGUGAUACUGCGACCCUGCCUUACUGCAGGGAUUUUCCCCAGUUGAAUUACAGAAACUGCACUUGGGUAAAUGGGUGUGUCAUAGUUUGCUUUAUAACAAAUGUUUUCAUCUUUCAUGAAAACAAUUAGCAGCUAGAAUAAUGACAGUGAUCUAUGAAAUUCAAUGACAAGUUUUGGAGUUGUUUUAAGAAUAAAUUAAUGGGUAUUGUA